AUGGAAGAGCUAUUGCAGCGGUACUUCGCGGCUGCUAGAGGUGCGAGCUGCUUCUGCCACAGUCGUAAGAACAUCCCGGAUCUGCAUCGCGUGGAGGAGGAGCUCUUCGAGAACCAAAACCUGGCGCCGCGGGGUUCCGCCAUGCGCCUGUCCAGGGCGGAGCUGCCCGUGUUGUGUCAAGCCGACGGCCAGGAAGCGCGGUUCAGCGAGGUGGGGCUACCGUCGUCGAACUGGGAGUGGGUGUCGGAUUGGCACUGCGAUAUCCACGCCCACAUGGGAGCAACUGCGAGACGCCAGUCAACUGCAUCGCAGGUAGGCAACAUGUAUUGCUUAGACCAAAGAGUUCCUGAACCUCACAACGAUUGCGUCCGCAGCGAGCAAACGAUGUGCGCCCGUGUCCGUCAGCGUCGGUGGAAGCGAGAGCGAAUGCUGACUCGAUCUACAGGGUUGCCAGCUGCGCUAAACGAGAGUCUGCUGACAAAGAGCAGACUGGCUGCUAUGUGCUACGCCAACGAGAAGCUGACUCAACAGCUUCUGCGCGCCAAUGAGCACAUCGUGGAGCUUGAGCGACGGGAAAAAGUGUACGAAGCGCACAUGCUCAAGCUGCAGCAGGUCGCGGAGGAGCUGUCCAACGAUCUAUACGCCCGGUCCUUUGAUCUGCACGACCCCGUGGCGGUGCCCUACACCGUCUCUAAAAGCACCGAGGGGCUCGCACGCUUGGACACACUGGCCGUCACCAGCGAGGUGCAGCGCCGACGGUCGGAGAUUUUGGCAGCGUGCGAAAACGAGCUCCAGGCAACAAUGGAUGAGUUCAACGUCCUCGCGCGCGCGCUGGAGCGGAGGCAGUCCCCGCCCCCAGAGAUGAUGGAACCGCCAGCUCUAAUAGGCUAG